CAAUCGGGGUUUAUUCCGGCGCGGUUUGAUGACGUCGAUACCGGAAAAACAAAAUCGACGUAAUCCUGAAUAACUGCCAAGGGAUCCGCUUACGCUCUAAGCAUGAACUGAGCCGGAAGAACCGGCCGAGCGCCUGCCGCUGCAUGGGUCUCACCUCCCGGUUGCCUUGACCGUUUAAAUGCCUUGACCGUUUGAUGCGCACUGCACCUCAUCCUUAGAUACAUGGGAGAAUUUACUGCUUUACUGAUCACAAAUGAAGUUUUGCAAAUCAGAAACGCGGUAAGAUCAAGAUGUCUGCGGUUAAAGAGGAUGUAAUUUCCCCGGACGAGAUGAGAAAAAGGCUGUACCAGACUUUUAAAAAUCGCGGGGUUGCGGACGCUCUGAAGACCCAGCUUCGCAAUCAGUUGAUCCAUGAACUGAAGCAUCCAGAAUUUGGUGGAGACAGAAAGCCCAGUCCACUUCCAACUAAAGCUGACUCGGUCAUGAUGACCGCAUCUAACAGCUUGGUGCUGGACCACUUGGAAAAGGCAGGCUAUGAGUACACACUGUCUGUCUUCUACCCUGAGAGUGGCAUGGCCAAAGACAGGGUGUUUUCGACAAAAGAUCUUCUUCGGCUACUGAAAAUCAGUCCGCAGUCUGCCUUCUACAAAUCUCUGACCUCAGGUAUGCAGAAUGAUGCCACAUACCACAAAGGUUUUCUGAUGCAGUUGCUGACAGAGCUGACAGACCACCACAUGCACCAAGAAUGCCGUGAUGCUGAUACUCAGACAGGUUGUGGUCCACACUAUAGAGAAUCACUUGUUGAGAAGUUUCAGAUGAUCGAGGAUGAGUACGCGGCCCUCCGUCAGCAAGGAAGUAGGUGGAAGUCUCUGGAGGGAAAGACGCUUGAGCACCGGAGGGAGAUCGAAUCUCAGCUUCAGGCAGAGAUGGAUGCUAAACUUCAGCAUUUUAAAGAAGUGGAGGUGGCCAAAAUUAAGCUAGAGGAGAAGGAGAAGACUCACAAGGAGGUCCAGGAGCUGAGGAGAGAGAUGGAAAGGACCUACGAGAAGAAGUGUGAGGGGCUGAUGAGCAGAGAGCAACAUGCCAUUGAGAGACUACAGAAGCAGCAGGAGAUAGAAGAGAGGGAUCUCUACAAGCAGAGACAGGCCCUGUUGUCUGAAAUCGAGGCUGUUCGGAGCAGAGAGGCUGAGCUGAGACUCACAAAAGAAGCUUUUGAAAAGAUGUGUAAAUUACACGAAGAAAAGAACAGGAGCUCUGAGGAGCUUCUCAGACGUAGAGAGCUUGCGGUGAAGACCCUGGAGGACACCUACGACCAGAAGCUGAAGAAUGAGCUAACCAGGUAUCAACUGGAGCUGAAAGAGGAGUAUCUCAGGAGGACGGAAAAGCUUGCGAAAGAUGAGGAAAGAGUCAAAGCGGAGGCUGCUUGCCUGCAGAGGGACCUGGCCUCUGUGGACACUAAGGCAGAGGAGCACAGGCAGGCCUGCGCCGCGCUGAGCCACCUCAAGGUGGAGGUGGACACAGUGCUGGCCCAGAAUGCACUGCUGACUCGGGAGAAGGAGGAACUGCAGGGGAGGCUGGAUUCCGUCAGUGACUACGUGGAGCUGAGGAGGGACCGGGCCGAGCUGCGGACCCAGAUGGGGCUGGUCAGGAGGCAGCUGGAGCAGCUGCAGGAGGAGAACCGGCAGCUCAGAGAAGAGAUGAGCCAACCCUCAAAAGUGCAGCUGGCUAUGCAGGUGGAGCUGCACCGGGUGGAGGAAGCCAGGAAGCUGGAGGAGGAGGAGUUCGAGAGCCAGAAGCAGCUGCUGCAGAUGCAGCUCCAGGCAGAGGUGGAGCGUAACGGGCAGCUGCAAGGCCACCUCUCGGAGUGCCAGGAGAGGGCGCAGUGGAUGAGCGCACACGUGGAGGAGAUCAAGCUGCAGCUCCGGCAGACGCAGCUAGCCCUGGAAAAUGAAGUUCUGCGCAACCCCAAGCCCUCGCUGGUGGACCGUUCUGUGCUGGAGCUCAGCGCCGACAAGCUGGUGCCACCCGACAUCUACAUGGAUGGUCUAACCGCAAGGAGGCGGGAGGCCCGCGCUGGGGUCGCAGAAGCCUGUCGGCGUUGGCCCCUGCGAGCCCGCAGCGCCUCCCCAGACCCCGACGCCGAGCUGGUGGCCGGUGCCAAAGCCCGCAUCCGGGAGCUGGAGAAGGAAGCGGAGACUCUGGAGGAGGCCUACAGAAAGUACCAGCAGAGGGCGACGCGCUUGGCUGUCGCUGGCCUCCAGGUCCCCCGGGCACGCUCUCCCCAGCUGAAAGCACACAGCUUCGGCUCCGGGCCCCCGCCUGCCCCCCAGCCCAGAGUGACCUUUGCCGAGGAUGGGCCGCUCGCUCGCAGCCUCCUCCCUGAGUUUGUCAGUGCCAAGCUGCUGGAGUCUCUGGACUUCAGAGAGGAGCGGGCAGCUGGGGAGCAAACACCACCAGGGUGCAGUGAUACUCCCCCCAGGCGCCUGUCCUCUACCCCCCUGUCUGUCGCCAAACGGGAUCUUCCCAGGGAGACUGUGGAAGAUACCCGGGGCUCCCCCAUGAUGUUCAGCAGCCUGUCGCCGACACGGCAGCUCUCCCCCAUCCCCCGGGGGCGGGCAGUGGAGCUGAGCCCACCGGGGAGUCCCCCUCUGAGGAGUACAGCACGAGAGCCCUACAGCUCACCAACAGCACAGCAGAGUGACUCUAGCUCAGGUUCCUCCCCUCAUCCGGAGAAAAUAUCCCUGCAGGACCUGACAGAGCCCCCUCAAGAGCCCAGCCGCAUUCCUGAGCUUCUCCAGGACGAACGGGACCAUCUGUCCCCCGGGGCCUCAGAGGCCCAAAGGAUCAGCCCGCCGGGGGCAGUGGGGAGGCGGGAGGAGGCUGCGCCCCAUAUCCUUGAUGGCCAAUCUACUCAGAUCCCAGUACGACAAGAGGAGGAGGAGGAGGAGGAGGAGGAUGAUGAUAGAGGCGUGAAGUGGGAGCUGGAGGGCCAGAUCAGAGAAGAGAGGUGGAGACAGGAGGACUUGGAGUCCCUCGAGAGACCAGAAGAGCAGAGGUUGCUUGAGGAAGGGGGCAUGUCCCAGGAGUGGAGCACCAAGGGGGACAAAACAACCAAACAGGAGGGUGAGGUUGCAGAUACCGUCUCCAAAAGCUCAGAAACCAGCCCCACCCUGGAUCCUCUGGCGAAGUACAUGAGGAUAGUCAUGCAAGGGAAGGAGGCAGAGACUGAUCAGCAUCCGGGCAAGGAUGAAGCAGGAGGAGGAAGUCUGGCGGCAGACAUCCUCUCUGACGAUAAAGACAACAGCAUCAUCGCUUUCUCCCAGGAUGAAGCUGAUGACGAUUUCUGGUGAAAAAGCCCUGAAGCGACAUACCAGGACCAGACAUUUCACAAGCAAGGUCCUUUUUAUCGUGUUUAGGAUCUUUGUGUUUUAGUAACCUGACUGGAAGAAUGAGGGAGUGAUGAAUGCCUAUCACCAGCAUCUCUGCUGGCACCUACACAUGAUGUCACGUCACCUUAAUACCCAAACUAAUAUGUGAAUUGUGUUGUUUUUAUAUGGUAAGAUUUGGCAAUUUGUGUAACUGUGAAUAAAGUUGAUUAUCAUGGUUUA